UAUGGGCCAGGCUUUGGACUGCCGGAUGGAUGAGACCCAGCCUCUGCCCUCGGAGCCAGAGAUCCACAGCAGAGAUGGCCGCGUGAGCAGGUGACUGCAGAGAAUUAGAGAAUAAAAUCUCAGCACAAUGUUUUUCACUGGAGAUGUCAAUCUACCCAAGGUCAGCUGGGAUGAAGCCCUUUCUAAAUGUUCGCUGCCAGAAUUAUAUACAUCCGUUGAGAAUUUUAACAAGAGGAGAAAGAAAUUAAACCUCCUGAAAACGCAUGGUAUUUUACUCAAUGAAGCACAGAAAACACUUACUAAGAACCUGAAUGCCAUGAAUGGAACUGAUAUGAGAGAAGAAGAUCCCCAGCCUGUUUUCAUGUGCAGGGUGGUUAAAAAAGAAGAAAAGAAGAAGCCAGAAUCCAUGGCUGACCUCCUCCACCACAGUUUGCUGACGGGCUCGCUCUCUGCUGUCGAGAGGCUGACCAGGUCCCAGCAGAGACUGGCUCAGUACGGGAUCCAGGCUCCCGCUCACACGUUCCCUUACAGCAUUCUCACUGAUCACACUGACGCUUUGCCACAGGCUGACGUCCACAGGAAGAGUCUGAGCACCAAAAUCUUAUUCAAGCUAGGCCUUUGCAGUCCCAUCUCAAAGUUUACCUUUGAAGAUAAAGUUCCUAAAUACUUCUUAAUUGACCCAGAAAAACAAUUCUUGGAUCUAAGAGACCUGGAGUGGAGAUACUUUAAGGGGCUUGCAAAGUGGAGGCGCGUUCCUUCCAUUUCAUUCAUGGACAUACAGUAUGACAGUGAGAAGAGGUUCGUGGAGAGCCAGGACAUGCCUGGUGUUAUUUUCCCCCCUCUAGUCUGGAAGUCUUUAACCAUUUAUCCUCAAAUUGAUUAUCAAAAAGAAGGAACUUACUCUCUUAAAUGGAAUACGUAGUUUGUUAAAAUAUCUUAGACAUAGAUUUUCGCUCUGAGAUAAUGGACUUUGUACAUAAAAAGCAAAGACGUAGAGGUACCCUCAAUGCCAUCUGAAUUGAGUCUAGACAACACGUCAGUUAAGUCUCAACAGUAACCAUUGAUACAAUCUACCCUUACUACGAAGUAUAAGAUUGAAGAUAUUCUGCUAAUUUAAGGCCUGGUACGGAUUUGUGAAAGCCAUUUGGACGGGACUGAAGCAAAUGCCGACCGAACAUUUAUGUGAAAAGAAAUGAUGCAUAUGAAGGAGACUUCCCAAAGAAGAUUAGCUCUUUAAGAGAUUUUAAGUACCUAAGGACAUCCAUCAUCAUAAAAAAAAAUAAUUGGUAAAUUUAAUCAAUGGAAGAAUUAUUCUGGGGAUAUGGAAGUCAGUCUAAGAACUUUAAAAUAAUAUGUUGAAUGCUCAAAGACGUAAGGAAUGCUGUACCAUUCAUGAAACAACAACAGUAAGGUUUGAAAAGGAACAAAUUGGAAAUCUUGGGAAAAUAUUGGAAAGCAUAAUGAUGAUGGCCCUUAAUAAGUUACCCUAAUGCUACACCGAAUACAUCUGAAGAGAGGGGACGAAUGGUUCGACGACAGCACUGGAAACCUGCUAGGUCAGAGCACAGUAAGAUAAAGGAGGAAGCUCCUUUCUCCAUUCUCCUCUCAGGAUCUUGGGCACGCACGCACACGCGCCUGGCAUGAGUUUUAAGCCACCGGAUCCGGGACGCAAACUGCAGUCAACUAUGUGGGGGUCCAGCUAGUUGGAGGUAAUG